UUGUGCGCGCGAUGUUACUCGGAUAACUUGACACUAUCUUGCGUAUCUUGGCGUUAAGUAGUCAAUGCAGUGAGAGGGAAAGAUAUUGUACCAGCGACUGGGAAUUUUGCGAUGACAUGGCGAAGAGAAGAACAGAUUCCCACUGUUUUGCACCAGGCUGCCGCACCGGCUAUCCGGGCGCGCCGAAAGCAUCGCUGUUCGCCGCACCAAGAGACGACUCGCUUCGAAGUAAAUGGGAGCGAAACCUAAGAAGAGCAGACAAGAGCCUGACGGAAUCAUCAGCUGUGUGUGAACAUCACUUCGAAGCGCAUUGCAUAUUGCGCGAUUACGUUCAUGUGGUCGAUGGCGUGGAAGUGCGCAUUCCGAGAGGCAAGCCGUCUUUAGCUCCCGAUGCCAUACCUACGCUGUUGCCGCAGUGCCCAGCCUAUCUCUCCGUUAAAGCCCCGAAACAGAGAACGGAAAGGAAGAGACCUGCAUGUUCGGUUCCACUUCGAAGAAAGAAACCGCGCCAGGACGUCGGAAGCGCUGACUACACUAACAACGAACAUGAGGUGCUUGAAGAACCUGAACCUGCAGAAUCGUCGCCUUUCAAGUUUCAGACCCUGCGUUCACUGGCACCAUCGCCGAGGUGGUGCCGCAUUGAAGAUGAUAGUGUUGGCUUGAUUUUCGCGACGUCUUCGUUGAGGAAGCAAGGAAGGCUUGUUAUUUGUCAUGAGCGAGCUGUCAUUUUCAAGAAACCGUUAGGGGACGAAGUUUGUGCUGCCAUUUAUUGUCAAGGCGUUCUGUGCUCAGAAAAAACAAUCGCCUCCGUUGGCGACGCUGCAGCUGUACUGGAUGAUGCCAUGGCAAUGUGUGUUUGCAAGGGAGCAAUGUCGGACAACGAAUUCAGGCAAAUGUUGCCGGUUUUGACGGUGAAGCAGCAAGCAGCAACAUACACCAACGGACUCUACGUCUUCAGCGCCAAGUGCUCCGGGAAGGUCUUGUCCGAUGGACUUAUUUGCCCAGAGUGCAAGUCGCAUCGAAAGCUAUUGUUGACAAGAAAGUUCUGCCAAAAAGCUCGUGUGCCUAAGAAAAGAGCCCUUGCCCAGCGCCUGAAGCUUCAAAGGCAAAAAACCAAGCGUUUGAAGAAUAGCGCCACUGCAUUGAAAAAUCAACUGAAAGCAAUGUCAGCUAAAAACAAAGCCAUCACUGAGGAGGAAUUUACCACUAGGAUAGCAGCCCUUCCUCCAAAACAGCGUGAAGCAACACUUCACAUGUUUAAAUCGGCAUCACGAAAAAGCGCAAAAGGCAUGAGAUAUUCGAAUGAAUGGGUUUUGGAAUGUCUUAUAAUGAAAAUGAAGAGCGCCAAGCUUUAUGAGCACCUGAGGAAAGAAAAUAUUCUGUCACUGCCAAGUGACUAUGCGAGCAAUUCGCAAGGCUUUGGAACUGGAUGGCAGCAAGGUUACCCUGCAGGCUAUGCAUGGCAUCACAUCCAGCCAUACAAACCCUAA